GACGGAGAAAGAAGGAGACUCAUGGUGGGGUUGGUUCACCAGCAGCUCUGAAACACGUGGGCCUCGCUUCGUGUGUCUCGUUCGGUAGUGCUCUCAGUAGUGCUCUCAGCUGCUCGUAGAGGAUCUCGCACCGGAUGUCCGUCGCGAAUUUAGCGCGUCCACCGCGACCGUCGAGAAUGUGACGGCUCGUACAUUGUCGUUAUCAGGACAUCGCGCGAUUGUCAUAAACACGAUAGUCUUUCGAAGAGCCGGACGCGAUGGCCCUGAAGAUACUGCUGGCAUGCUUGUUUAUCGCCGCCACGGCGAGCUCCGCUCCAUCGUCUCCGGAGGAUCAUCAUCGGUUGCCCUCGCACAGCCACAGAGUCGUUUGGCCAGUCUGGUAUCGCGAUAGACUUCUUCAUGCCAGACACGAUCGCCCAGAUGACGAACACAGUGUCGUCCGAGAAACGACCACUACGAGGGGUCCAUGGACACCGUUGCGGCCGCAGGUGUCAGCGACGAGAUCACCGCAGCAGAUAAACUCGGUAUCGAGGCAUCAUCAUGUGGAGCAUAAAUUGGGUGUUGUGACGAUAGCGGAGCACGGUGGUACCAGGGCUACAGCGUAUGCGGGUUAUCACGACAAUCAUCGGCAUCAACCGAGAGAGGCCGUCACGCAGAGCUAUCAGCUGGUUCCGACAACAGCUCCCACGUACACCAGAUAUCAUACGGGGAGACGAGUGUGUGCGAGACAAGCUCCUAUAACGUCUCAUCAUCAUCGGGGGAAACAAAUUAGAUUAGUGUAUACCGAGGUGACAUCCAAUUUUUUUUGCUGCCCGGGAUGGUCGCAAGUUACUCAUUUGAGUUUUGGUUGUAAUAAACCCACGUGCCCAGCGCUAUGUCUGAAUGGUGGAAUUUGUACCUCGUCUGGUAAAUGCACGUGUCCUAAGGGUUAUACUGGCAAUCAAUGCCAGACAGACGUGGACGAGUGCGCGAUAGAAAAACCGUGCGGACAACUUUGUAUAAACGUACCCGGUAGCUAUCGAUGUCAUUGUAGAACCGGGUUUCAACUUCAACAAGAUGGCCAAUCCUGUCGGAGGAAUGAUACUGAUGAAAACGCCUUUGAAGCCCGCGAUUUGGAAAACGAUUUUCACGACGUGUUGACAACAAAAGAUCCGAUGUCUUCUCAUGAUACAGAAAACGAGGUGAGCGAUGAUGACCAAGAUUACGAGAUCAUCUUAAAGAGAUUAACUAAACUCGAAAAGCAAGUGGCCAAAAACAGAAAGAGAGAUACGGAGGCUUCCGAGAUGAACACCAAAGUCACAUUAGCAAUCGACAGCAUCAACGAGAUGAAGAUAACUGUCGAGAACGUGCAACUAAUGCAACAGGAAGUAUAUGAUAUGAGAAGCAAAAUGAAACAGUACGAGGCAGAAGUGAGAAAAAUACAUCAUCUGAUGAAUCGCGUCGCGGAAUUAGAAAAUCGUCUGAGAAUACGCUGCAGAUCAGCGAUACCAAUAAAUAGCGGGUCGUUGAACUUUUAGCAUUGCUACAGCGUCAUUCUAUUAUCAGUACUAUUUA